AUGGAUUCUGGUGCUGGAGCAUCGGCUGACUUCCGGACUAGGUUUGGAGCGGCCAGGACCUUCCAGGCUUCUUGCGGGAGGUGCAGCUGCCUGGGACCUACAGCUCUCCGAUCGAGUAUGCAGCGCAAGGCGCUGCCAUGCGCCCCGCUGCCACCUUCGGCUUGUCUGCAUCCUCUGAAGGUUCGUAUCGGAGACCUCCUGGCCGCGGCAGGUGUGCACUUGGACCAGGAAUGCGGCCGCUGUUCAGAGUUCAACAUCACCGGCGAGAAGGCAAUGCUGCGGAAUGUGGGCGUGGAGCUGGAGAUCACCCUGUUCUAUACUAACCUCUGGCUUUCCUGGCAGGACCCCGCUACGUGGCUACUGCCAGCCAAGGAGCCCAGCUUCGAGCUGAAGGUUGCGGCCCGGCAGCCCAUCGAAGGCGUGCGAACUCUCCGAUCCAUCCCAGCAGCUCAGUCCUACUUCGAUCUGGAGGACGGACAGAAGGAGUCCGCGCGCGUCACACGGCGUAGUCAUGGCAUUCGGCUUCUCUUUCGGCAGCAAGGGGUCCUGGGCGUUUGGGAUUCCAUGGCUCUGGCCUACUUUCUGCUGCAGAGUUGCACCUUCUUGGGUGUGGCCUGGACGCUGACCGAACUGCUCUGUAGCAUCGCUCCGCUGCUCUGCGGCUUUCUACGAUGGCCCGUGCCCGCUUGGUACGACUGCUUGCAGCCGGCCACUGAUGUGCCGACUACGCCCAAGAAGAAGAUGCAAUGA